AUGGUCGAAGAAAUGUACAAUAAAGAGGUUGGUGAUGUCGAGAUAGACUUUAAUUUUUUGUCUGAAUAUGCACAAAAGGCUUCAAAAACUGAUGCAAAGGCAUCACAAGAUUUGUGCCACGCCACAACUUCCAAAGAAACCGAGCAUUGUAGAACUGGGCAACCCUUUGAGCCAAAUUCUGAUAUUGUCCAUGGCGUAGAAAUGGUGGGAUCAGAUACCAAUCCCACAUUCCAGAAUCUGAUGCGUGCAGAACCUGAAAAUGGUUAUGGGAUAGGACAAUUGGAAACGGAGUCACUCUCGUUAGGAUUGCAGGGAGGUAGCCUACCUGUAGCUGAUGAAACUAGUCCUAAUUUUGUCACCAUGAGAGGCAAUGAUGUGUAUACUGUAACUGCUGCUUCAACAGGAAUUCAGACACCAGGAUUUGACUACGGAUUCUGGAAAUCUGCAGCGUGA